AUGGAGAGUUUUUGGUCCAAAACAAACAAGCCUAAUCCGUCAUUAGGUUUCCUCUCCGCAUUGGCUCCUCCUCCAUCAAGCCCGCCUGAGAAAUCUCGUCCCCUUUUCGUAGAUGCUGUGUGGUGUGAAGAAGAAAAGAAAAGAAAAAGGCGGAAAUAUGCCAAAAGGCGCAAUUCUCGUCAACUAUCCAACAGUCGAAGCAACGUCAUCGACAAAAAGCUAUGCCUCGGGAUAUCUCCGGGAACGGAGGCGCCUCUCUCAAUCAUUAGUGAAGCUUGGGGUUUCCUGCCCUCAUACCUAACGCCGGUGUGGUGA